UCUUAGGGUUCUUGGCGAGAAGCGUUCGUCUCGCAGCUCGACGCAUUGUGGAAAAUGCUGCUCAGGGCUGGGGCGCGCUGGUCGCGAUAGUGGAUUCUAGGUGGCAUUCAUCCACGGCCUGGCCGGCAUGCGCGGGAUUUCGCAGCAAUCGCGUUGCCUGUGACAUGUUGCGGGUUUUGAGAUUCCAUCCGCCGCUGAGGAGCGGGCGGAGGCUAGAUGUUGCCGCGAGGAGUAGUAGUAAAGGACAGGAGCAAAUUCCCAACUGGGAGAGGCUACGGAGGCUUAUGCUAGAGAAUGACGGUCAGGUGGGGAGUAGUUUUGGCAGCAGCAGCAGCAGCAGCAGCAGCUACUUCCAGAACGAUGUGGAGACUUUCUCCAAUCCACAAAGCUUGCCAAGUCCGAAUUUUCCCUCCGGGCAGCAACGCCGGGCAUUGCAUUCUAUGGCAUUCAACCGAGCUCAACCUCGCGGCUAUUACGAGUAUUCCGAGGAUGACGAUUUGGACGAUAGAAAUGGAGGGCCUCCAGCAGAGAAUCUCCACUAUGUUAACUUGGACGAGUGGCGUUUGCGGCUAACAAAAUUUUUGAGAAACAAAGAACAAACCGAGAUUAUAUCGAGGGAAGCUCGGGAUCGAAGAUAUAUCGAGCCUUUGACACUUCUCGCCAAAGAAAUGGGACUUCAUUGCCAAAUGUUUGGCAAAGCUGUUGCGAUAAGCAAGAAGCCUUUGCCGCAUUACAGGCCCGACCUUGACGAUAAGCGUCCUCAAAGAGAGGUCUCGUUCUCCAUACUGACGCACAGACGAACGAAUGCAUUGCUUGAGCAACACUUGCGUCUCAAGAGAAUGUCAGCUGACACGUCCAGAAGAGCUCUUAGGGGGCCUGAAAGGUCGGCCAGCAGUUAUGAAGAAAGCCCCACAACUACGAUGCAGAGGAGCCGCCGGCUUGAAGCAAAAAUGAAAGAAUGGGAGGAAUCCGAAGAGGGUCAAAAAAUGAUGACUAUACGGAGAAACUUGCCUUCUUUCAAAGAGAAAGCCGGGCUACUAGAAGUGAUUGCGAAAAAUCAGGUUGUGGUGAUUUCAGGAGAAACAGGAUGUGGUAAAACAACUCAGCUUCCACAAUAUAUUCUGGAGGCAGAGAUUGAGGCAGGCAGAGGCGGUAGCUGUAACAUUAUUUGCACGCAACCUCGACGUAUUUCAGCUGUUUCAGUGGCUGAAAGAGUUGCUUCUGAGAGGGGCGAGGUUAUAGGCGAAACGAUUGGAUAUCAAGUGCGUUUAGAAGGUAUAAGAAGUCGAAAUACCCGACUGCUUUUUUGUACAACGGGAAUUCUGUUGAGACGCUUGUUGACUGACCCAAGUCUCAAGGGUGUGACGCAUGUGAUUGUUGAUGAGAUACAUGAACGGGGCAUGAAUGAAGAUUUUCUUCUUGUUAUUCUGAAGGAGCUUCUUCCUCAACGUCCUGACCUGAGGCUGGUGCUCAUGAGCGCAACCUUGAACGCGGAGUUGUUUUCUAAGUACUUUUCUAAAGCACCAACUGCGCACAUUCCGGGGUUCACGUACCCUGUGAAGAGCCACUUUCUGGAAGACGUACUCGAUUUGACGGGCUAUAGAUUAAAUCAAUUUAAUCAAGUUGACGAUUAUGGCCAAGACAAGCUGUGGAAAAUGCAAAAGCAACUAGCUGCACGCAAAAGAAAGUCGCCUGUGGCCACACUUGCCGAGGAGGCGAUGGCUAGUCAGGCUUAUAACGACAGGAGCGCCGGCACAAGGGAGUCUUUAUCUUGCUGGAACUCGGACAUUCUGAACUUCAAUUUGAUCCAGGCAACAUUAUUACACAUUUGCAAACAAGCGAGGGAAGGGGCAGUCCUGGUUUUCAUGACUGGAUGGGAAGAUAUUAGUGCUUUACUGGACAAGCUCAAGCAGGACCCUUUGCUUGGUGACUCGAGAAAAAUUCUCCUUCUGGGAUGCCACGGUUCAAUGGCCACAGCAGAACAGAAACUUAUUUUCGAACAUCCUCCUCCUGGUGUACGAAAGAUUGUGCUGGCAACUAAUAUGGCUGAAACGAGUAUCACUAUCAAUGACGUAGUGUUUGUGGUGGACGUGGGGAAAGCCAAGGAGACCUCUUACGACGCUUUGAAUAACACACCAUGUCUUCUUCCUACGUGGAUAUCAAAAGCAUCUUCGCGGCAGCGUCGAGGAAGAGCAGGACGUGUAAAGCCAGGGGAAUGUUAUCAUCUCUAUCCCAAGGCCGUUCACGAAGCAUUUGCUGAAUAUCAGCUGCCGGAGCUUCUUCGAACACCUUUGCAUUCUUUAUGCUUACAAAUCAAGAGUUUGCAGCUUGGAGAUGUUGCAAUGUUCCUAUCAAAGGCUAUGCAACCACCUGAAAGUCUGGCGGUAAAAAAUGCGCUUGAAUAUUUGACUACUAUUGGAGCUUUGGAUGAACAGCAGGAAUUGACAGACUUAGGAAGAAUACUGGCAUUAUUGCCAGUCGAGCCUCGACUUGGCAAGAUGCUCAUAAUGGGAUCCAUCUUCCGCUGCCUAGACCCUGUUCUAACAAUUGCUGCCGGUUUAGCUGCUCGUGAUCCUUUCAUUAUGCCAAUGGACAAGAGAAAUCUAGCAGAUCAAGCCAAAUACGAUUUUGCUGGUCGGGAAGCCAGCGAUCAUAUAGGCCUCGUUCGAGCCUUUGAAGGGUGGGAAGCCGCAAUGAGCAACCAGGUGGCGUCUUCAUAUUGUUGGAAGAACUUCCUAUCAAUGCAAACAUUGCUAGGAAUGAGUUCUCUCCGGAAGCAAUUUAUCGGGCUCUUGACAACGGCAGGGCUUAUCACGGAUGACCUGGGAUUUUUCAACAGGUAUAGUCAAGACCCGGUUGUCUUAAGGGCUGUCAUCUGCUCGGGUUUGUUCCCUGGAGUUGCCUCCGUGAUGAAAAAACAAAAGUCUGUGUUGUAUAAAACCAUCGAGGAUGGCCAAGUUUUGCUUAGUGCUAGUUCGGUAAACUCCAGGGACUUCAAUCCUAAAAAUCCCUGGCUAAUGUACAGCGAGAAGAUCAAAAUGUCAAGCGUGAUGGUCCGUGAUUCAACCUGCAUUUCAGAUUCAACGCUUUUGCUGUUUGGAGGCAAAUUGAUCGAUGGCCACGCGCCUGGACACAUUCUUAUGCAAGGGAGCUACUUGGAGUUCUUCAUGAAAGUAGACGUAGCGAACACUGUCAUGAGACUUCGCCAGGAGAUGGACAAACUAAUCCUCCGAAAGCUGGCUAAUCCCUCCAUGGACAUCUACACGGAGAACAAGGAGCUCGUGGACGCUGCCUUCGAGCUCAUGCGAGGGGACGACUGCUCGGGCAGCUUCGUCUUUGGCCGGGCCACCAAAGGCAGCGGCUCCUCCAAAGGCUCGGCAGAGCUCAAAGACAAAGGCACUCCAGACACCAAAGGAAUUCUCCAAACUUUGGUCCAGCGAGCAGGCUUUGCGGUUCCAACGUACCAGACGAGAUCGUCGGGGUCUCAGUUCAUAUCGUGCGUGGUUGUCCGAGGCAAGAAAUUUAUCGGCGAGCCCGCCGAGUCGAAGAAGCAAGCCGAGAAGAACGCCGCCGCCAUGGCCGCCGAGUGGCUCACGAGCUUACCAAGGAUGCAAGACGUUCUCUCGGCGGGCAAAUAUUUUUGACGUGAUAGAUCCUAGCCAUACUAAAAACUAUGGAAGCUCCGCGACUAGUUUUCCCAUGGACAUUAGGUUGUCGAGAGAGAAUAUAGCAUAUUCUCUUAACGGA